UGGUUUAGUAAUAGGGUGGUGUGGGAAUGGAAUAGACUCAGCAGUCACAUAGUGCAGGGACGAUAGCUUGUUUUAAGAGUAGACUGGAUAGCUACAUGGACGAGGACGACAGGUGGCAAUGAGGUGUGGGUGCAGUAAGGAGACAGGGUACUGGAGCGUACGCCCGUACCGAAGGUAAACGAGGAUCAAACCUCAACCUGUAAUCCCUGAAACUGCACCUCACCCAUCGUGAGUAGUGGGGGGGAUUCUGGGGCUGCCCUGUGUAGGCCACCCGGCCUCUUGCAGUUUCCCUAUGUUCUUAUGUUCUUAUAUUCUUAUGUUCCUCUUUUUCAACCUCCCUCCCCCCACCCAUUCUUCCCCUUAUUCCAUUCUUACCUUGAGCCGUUUCCAUUUCCCUCGUCUUUCUUCCCUUUCCCUCUUCCUCUCUGUCCACCUCCAUGAACUUCUCCUAUUACCCUCGACCCCCCUCUUUAUCCCUCCACCCCAUUAACUCCUUCCCUUUCGUCUUUCCCCACCAUCUCCUCCCUCCUUUAAUCACUUAUCUUCCUCCCCCACUUUCCUCACCCCUCUCCUCCUCAUCGCAACUCACCCCACUUUCUCUCCCCACCAGAUCGCAUUGCUCCCGCCAUGAUGAUCGCCGGGGUGGAAGUGGGAGAGGCCGGCGGUUCACCCUCGUUCCUCUACCUCCAAAGCUACCUCCUCCCUCUCAUCGUCAUCCUCCAGCUCUUCUCCCCCACCUCGGCCGUUCGUCUUCAGCCUGUGGAUCGUGAUGGAACGUGUCCUGUCGGCUGGUUCCCCUGCGGCUCUCCUGGCGAAGUGUGUCUCGAGCAAAGGUUCGUCUGUGACAGGACCGAGGACUGUCCAAACGGGAAGGACGAAGGCGAGGACUGCGUGCCUGACGAGGCUGACGGGACACUCGUGAAGGAGAUCCUGGAUAAGGAAAUUCAUCCCCCUGAACACCAUGCGCGGUGCGACCUGAUGGCAUUCCCGCGCACCUGCUACUGUCGCUUCGGGACUCAGCUGGUGUGUCGCGGCGCCCACCUCACAGCCGUGCCGGACGACCUGGACCGCGGCACGACUAGCCUACUCCUGGGGAACAACAGCAUCGUCCUCACCGCCGACGCCUUGCAGCCCUACCGUCGCCUUACCCAGAUCUUCCUGGACCACAACGAGAUCGCCGUUCUGCCGCCAGGUGUCUUCCGGGGGCUGCCACUGGACAAAGUGUUUCUCUCCUACAACCUCCUUCAGGACGGCGCCGCCGCCCUCGACGGCCUCCACUCCCUCAGCAGUCCCCGGUAUCUUCACCUCAGCUAUAAUAGGAUCGCGGACAUUGACUUCAUCCUCGAUCUCGUCCCCGGCGUCAGGUCCCUCUGGAUCAACCACAACCGCGUCACCAUGAAGAGCAGGAAGGUCAGCGCCAACGCCUGCGACGUCACCGAGCUGUGGAUGGAAGGGAAUCGUGUGGUGCUCUCAAAAGGAGCCUUCAGAGGAUUCAUAAACCUUGAAACUUUAUUUCUGCGCCGCAACAGAAUCACAGACGUCGAGGAUCGCGCUUUUGAGACCCUGAAGAAACUGAAGGACCUUGAACUCAACUUUAACUUGAUUCGACACCUUCGCGCAGACAGCUUCGUGGGACUACACUCUCUCGCCAGCCUGAACUUGGACAACAACCCGCUGCUCACCGUCCACACCUCCGCCUUCAGGCCUCUCGUCAACCUCGUCAGCUUGUGGAUGGACAAUCUGGAGCUGAGUUCGGAGCUGCUGGCCAACAUCUCCACCGAACUCCACCACGAGUCCCGCACCGCCAACCUCACCCACGUUUUCUUCAAGAGGUUCAGGUAUUGCGGCUACUUCCUCGACGUGCACGACUGUAGCCCCAAGACUGACGGUGUGUCGUCGUUCCAGCACCUCCUCGUCCGCGUGGAGCUGCGCGUCGGGGUGUGGCUGGUGGCGACGUUCACCCUCCUCGGUAACCUGAUGGUGCUGGGUGGGCGUGUGUUCUCCAGGGACGACAACAAGAUACUGUCGCUCUUUAUCCGAAACCUUGCGGUGGCUGACUUGCUCACCGGCGUCUACCUGCUGGUGAUCGCCGUGAAGGACCUGGAGUUCCGCAGCAGCUACAGUGACCACGCCUACUACUGGAUGACCUCCUGGCAGUGCACCUUCACCGGGGUCCUCGCCAUGACGUCAACAGAGGUGUCUGUGCUCAUCCUGUCGUUCAUGUCUGUGGAACGGUGGCUGUGCAUCACGUGGCCGCUCGCGGCACCCAAGCUGUCCCUGGGCGGUGCCAAGAUGGCACUUUCCCUCAUCUGGCUCCUUGGCCUCAGUCUGGCUCUAACUCCCGUGCUGUACUACCAAGGGCACCAGCAGCGUUUCUACGGCACCAACGGCCUGUGUUUCCCUCUCCACCUGGAUGACCCCUGGGUGCCUGGCUGGCUGUACUCGGGGCUCCUCUUCGUGGGCCUGAACCAGCUGGGUGUGGUCCUUAUCCUGGUCUCGUACACGGGCAUGUUCUGCAGCAUCAGACGCACCAGAGCCAACACGCCACUCUCGCUCGGGGACCGCGAGUUCGCGAUGCGCUUCUUCUUCAUUGUCUUCACCGACUGUCUCUGCUGGACGCCCAUCAUAGUCCUGCGCAUCAUGGCUAUCGCGGAGGUGGACAUUAAACCCGAGCUCUACGCCUAUGUGGUGGUUGUGUUGCUGCCCAUCAACUCCGCCCUCAACCCCUUCCUCUACACCUUCACCACCACCAAGUUCAGGUCUCAGACACGCAGGUUCCUCACAGGCCGCGGCGUGUGUCUGUGGGUGUGGGUGCCGCGCCAGGACACGGGUGAGUACACACGGGUGCACAUGAGUACACAGCUACUGUAA